GAACUGAACCGAGCGGCGCGGAGUCCAACCGAGCCGAGCCGAGCCGAGCCGAGCGGCGCAGCGCGGAGACGAACCUAGAGAAGCCGAGCCGAAGUGAAGCGAAGCGAAGUGAAGCGAGGCGAACCGAGGCGAGCGGAGCCGAACCGAGUCGACGGGAGCAGAGCGGAGCCGAAUCCAGCCGAACCGAACCGAGCGGAGCCGAACGCAGCCGAGCGGAGCCGAACCCAGGCGAGCGGAGCCGAACCGAGCGGAGCGGAGCGGAGGCGACCCGAGGCGGGGCGAUGGGCGGCGGGGCGCUGCAGCUGGCGGGGCUGGCGGCGGCGCUGGGCGGCUGGGCCGGGGCGCUGGCGGCCGCGGCGCUGCCCCAGUGGCGGCAGAGCUCCUACGCCGGCGACGCCAUCAUCACGGCCGUGGGGCUCUACGAGGGGCUGUGGAUGAGCUGCGCGGCGCAGAGCACCGGGCAGCUCCAGUGCCGCCUCCACGACUCCCUGCUCGCCCUGGACGCCCACGUCCAGACCUCGCGGGCCCUCAUGGUGCUGUCCCUCCUCCUCGGCUUCUUCGGCGUCAUCCUCAGCGUCGUGGGCAUGAAGUGCACCAAGGUGGGCGAGGACGAUCCCGUCACCAAGGGCCGCGUCGCCGUCGCCGGCGGCGUCCUCUUCAUCCUCUCCGGGCUCUGCACGCUGGCCGCCGUCUCCUCGUACGCCGCGCGGGUCACCCACGAGUUCUUCAACCCCAGCACCCCGGUCAACGCCAGGUACGAGUUCGGGUCGGCGCUCUUCGUCGGCUGGGCGGCCGCCGGCCUCGCCGGCCUCGGCGGCUCCCUGCUCUGCUGCUCCUGCCCGGCCGGGCCGCGGCGCCCGCCGCAGCGCUGCCGCCGCUCGCAGCCCUCCACCGCCCGCGAGUCGAGCUUCGUUUCCAACCAACGAGCGGCCGAACCGCGGGGACCCCCCGUCGCGCCGUAGAGCGCAAAACCCGGCUGACAGAGCCCG